AUGGCGUGGCUUCCGCCGGGGGAGAUGCCCUUGGUGCACGCGGGGCAGACGCUGCGGCUGUGUCUGCGGCAGUGUUUGGAGGUGCGUCCGGGCGAAUGGUUUGAAGUUGCGGUGGGAUGCCGGAACGAGUUCGGCCUUUGGAAGCGCGACGAGUUCCCUUUCCCGGCGCCGGUGGCGCUGGAGCUGGUGUUGCUGAGCCUGCGCGGAGAGCUGCUCGCGGCGCCAGAGACGCGUGGUAGCCUUCUUUUGACCAGCUCCGGCAAGUUGGAGUUUUCCGCUCGCAUGGAGGCUCCAGCAGAGCCGGCCAUGCUUUGUGUUCGCGCCUCUGACGUGGACUUGAUCCGACCACUGGUGCCAGUGCUAUCACCGCCCAUGGGACCAGGUGAGCUGCCACACCCCAAGCGGUUGACGCUGGAGCAGUGCCGACUGAUCAGUGUCGGCGCCAGCAGCUUGUUAUGUGCUGAGUGUCAGGGAGACCUGGGCAUCGGUGGGCGCCUGUGGGAUGGUGGCUUGGUUCUGCUUGAGUACCUGGCGACGGGAAAACUCGAGCGCCGGCGGGUGCUGGAGCUGGGCAGCGGCGUGGGUCUGGUGGGCCUCGGCUGCGCCCUCCUGGGCGCCAAGGUGUGGCUUACAGAUCUCGAGGAGGUGAUACCACUACUGGAGUUCAACAUUGCGCUGAAUCGCGCCCGCGGGCUCACGCUGGAUGUCGAGGCGAAGGCCCACGAGUGGGGCACUGACGUGGCCGAGCUGCCUGCGGUGGAUCUGGUGGUCAUGGCGGAUUUGGUGUACGACGUGGAGGCCUCCAAGCAGCUGCUGGCGAGCCUCGUCGCGCUGGCCAAGGCGGAGGUCGAGUUCCUCAUGGCUUUUCGGCCCCGAAACGUCGAGGAUCCAGAGUUCUUUCGGGAGCUGUCCACGCACUUUGAAGUUCAAAGGUUGGAGGAGCGGGGGGUCUACGGCAAGACCUGCUACGAUUUGGAGAUCCUGCGAUUGGGCGCACGGAAAGGCAUGGCACAAGCUGAGUGUGCCGCCUUGCAAAGAGACAGCGCGCACGCAUCAAAAUCGUGA